AUGCCGUGGAAGAGCUUUGACGAGUGCUGCGGAUCAUGGAAGUUUCCUGCAGGACUGAUGCAGUUCCUGAAAGAUGCAGGCUUCAAGUGCCCGACGCCGAUUCAGGCAUACACGUGGCCAGUCCUCAUGGACGGCAAGGAUGUCAUUGGUGUGGCGAAGACCGGCAGCGGGAAGACACUAGGAUAUCUCCUGCCAGGAUACAUCAAGGUGAAGCGCUUUGAAGGCAAAGGCUUCGAGCGGUCAAAUGGCCCCGGCAUGCUGAUUAUGGCACCUACGCGCGAACUGUGCCAACAGAUUUACGAGGAGUCCGAACGAUUCGGCAAGCCUGCACAAAUAGAUACUGCUUGUGUAUACGGUGGUGCCCCGAAAGGACAACAGGUCCGUCAGUUGCGAAACUAUCCGCAUUGCGUGGUGGCGACACCUGGGCGCCUGAAUGACUUUCUUGGAAGCCGAGAGCUGAAUAUCAACCAGUGCAACUAUCUCGUCCUGGACGAGGCGGACCGCAUGCUCGACAUGGGCUUCGAGCCACAGAUCAAGGAGCUCAUCAAUUACUUGCCGAGUGAUAGACAGACUGCCUUGUACACUGCCACAUGGCCAAGGGAAGUCAGGGAUAUUGCUUCAAGAUUGACGCACGACCCGACUCACAUCCAAGUUGGUUCAGAGGACUCAGCUGCAGCGAAUGCGGACAUCACCCAACACAUCGUCAGAGUGUACAACGAGAAGGACAAGAUGCGAUUCCUUGAGGGUACAAUCUUCCCAGAGCUGCAGCGAACAGGGGGCUCCGGCCUCAUCUUCGUGAAGACGAAGCGCGCAGCUUCCGGUUUGUACCAAGAGCUAUCGCGCGUCGGGGCGCCGAUCGUCUGUCUGCACGGCGACAUGGACCAAAACGCGCGAGACCACGCUCUUGCAGCCUUCAAGAACGGCAUGGCCAAG